UAAAUUAAAAAUUUGGAAACGAGUUCAGUAUAUUAUUAAAAGCUCUUGAAUGACCCUGGCUGCUGUGCUGUUACACCUCGGUGUGUUUCUCUUCUCGUUGCUAAGGCUGGGUKUUGCUUUUCCUUCCUCUCCCAGGUGAGUGUCCCAGGCCAGAGCGGCUGCAGUACGCAGAGCUCAGUCCGAGCUCCAAGGAAAUGCAGAAUUUUCCUGUUGGGAGCCAGAUUUCCUUCGUCUGCCGGCCGGGAUACAGGAGAAUYCCAGGGAAAUCGCUGACCCGGACAUGUGGUGCUGACCUGCAGUGGUCACCCACAGAUGCCUUCUGUACAGAGMGAAAAUGUAAAUACCCAGGAGACUUGGAAAAUGGCUAUACUGGUGAUUCAGAUCUUACCUUUGGUUCAAAAUUGAAAUUUUUUUGUAAUGAAGGAUACAGAUUACUGGGUAAGGACGAGAUUUCMUGUGUUAUCAAGAACGAAGGUGUUGACUGGAGUGGACCUCUGCCUUAUUGUGAAAUAAUCCCUUGUGGGCCACCUCCUGAAAUAGCCAACGGGCGCUACAUGGAAAGAGAGAGCUAUGUGUACCAGAAUUCAGUGACCUACAAGUGUGAUAAGGUUCCCAGKGGCAGGGAUCCCUUCUCCCUCAUUGGCUCAGACACAAUUUAYUGCACAACUGAUGCCCACUUAAACGGAGUUUGGAGUGGACCACCUCCAGAAUGUAGAGUGGUCAAAUGUGAAAACCCCAGAGUUGAAAAUGGGAGAAAAAUAAGUGGAUUUGGCCCUUCCUACAUUUACAAGGACUCAGUUGUGUUUGAGUGUAAUCAGGGCUAUUACUUGGUUGGAGCAGAGGUAAUUACCUGUGGAGAAAACAGCGUCUGGGAUUCUCCAGUACCAACUUGUGAGAAAAUUACUUCAGACUUGUGUCCUGCCCCGAGGAUCCAGAAUGGAGUYCUGGACCCAGCCAAACCUGCCUAUGGAAAAGGAGAAUCUGUCCAGAUCAGGUGCAACACUGGCUGCUCCUUCCCUGAUGGCACUGCAGAGAUGACAGUGACAUGUCAGGACCAGAGUUCUUGGAGUCCUUUACAACACUGUGUCUGUCAAUCUGAARCUUCUGGUACCACACCAGUCAUAAAUUAUGGCAGAGUAAUUGCUGGACAAAAGCCCUCCUACAUGGUGGGGGAUUUUAUUACCAUUGAGUGUUACACAGGCUACASUUUGCAUGGGGCAGCUCGAAUUCAGUACAUUGGAAACAACCAGUGGAACCCUGCAGUGCCAAGCUGCAAGCUGAGUGGAGCUAUUAUAACUGUCAUCUGUGUGAUCGUGGUGGUUGUGGUGCUCCUGGCAGCCUUCUGGAUCUAUAAGAAAUUCUUUUCACAGAAUGGAAUUGCAGAGGAUUUCCCAGAACCUCCAAAGCUUUACAGUGUUGACUUCUGGAAAACUUGGUGAAAAGUUSAUGGAGAAGAGGAAGAUUAUCCUGUGGCUGUUCUGAUGGAGCACUUGAGGCAAAGCCCAGAGGUUGUUUUGGCACUUUUAUCCACGUGUAACAAAUGCAGUUCCUGGGGAAUCAGCUCUGUUGGGUUUUGGUGACCUCUUAAGGGGAAUGGGUUUAGGAAUUGUGUGGAUUUCACACUUCAAAUGGACUUAACUUUCAUGGUAAAGCUGUGUGUGGAGUCAGCUGCCUGAUAGAAUGAAUCCUUUCAGAURUUGGAAUAGAAAGAAAAACUUAAAAUGUGCUGCAUUUCUUUCCCAGUUUGUGGUUGUGAUACUCCAAGUGAGGUGGUGGGGACUGGAAAUGAUGCCAGACUGCACAACUGUGCUCUAUGGAGUUUUGGGAUUGCAGUGAGCAUUGAUGGGAUCAGCAGAGUUUCUCAUGGAAAAUGUUCCUGCCCCUGACAGGGCGUGGRAUGGGAUCAGCUUUAAGGUCCCUUCCAACCCAAACCAUUCUGGGUUUUCCCUCUGUGWUUUUACCAGUUUAACUUAAACACUACAAAUUAAUUUCUCCUAAUUGUCAUGAGUCCCGUGCUGUUUUUCUAAAACUCAGUGCUGCGUGAAUUUUUUUCAUUUUGGAGUCUGGAACUGAAAAUUAAAAGAGACCUGAACACUGAGCUCUGUGCUGAAGAAAAGGCUGUGUGCAAUCAAAAUGUGGUGUUGCCAUCUACUGGUAAUAGGAACAGUGAAAGAAACAAAAUAGGGUUACCUGGUUUAGGGUUAAAUAAUGUGAAGUGUCAGUGGUUGUCACAUUUAARGUCAGCAUAAAUUAAACCCUGCCCAUGGCAGGGGUUGGAACUGGAUGAUUUUGAGGUCCCUUCCAAGCCAAACCAUUCUGAUUCUCUUAAAUUCUUCUGAGGGUGGUGAGGAUGGAGCUGGGGGCUGAAAUGAAGAGACUUGGCAGCAGAGUUUAGGURUUGUCCAGCAGAAAAACAGGUGAUCUGUCUGCCUGAGACAGAGCCCAGGAGUGUAGAGCACACCAUUUUAUUUAAAAGGAAAAAAAAAAAUCGGUGUAAAUAACAGGUUAAGGCAAACAAACAGCAGGUGGAGUAGAAGUGGUCAGAAGGUGGGGUGGCUGUGCUGUCACAGCCAGACCCUGGCUGCUUUGAGUUGAAGAAUCUGAAUUAUGUUUGAAGUUCCAGCUCAGAGAACAGCAAACCACAGGUGUUGGGGAAGCCAGAUCCUGCUCGGGGUUUGGUUGUGACUUGGGGGCUGGGGGAAGGAAGUUUUCCAUUACUGUUGCUUUUCCCCCUACAUCAUAACCGAUUUCAAAUGGUGCUAGACAAAAACUGAGACUCUGAACACCAAGAGAAAUCGGUCAGCCUGUGUAAGAGACGUUGUCCUGGCUCAGAGAAGGAUCCUCUUGGAGAUGACAGCUAUGCAUUCUUUGAGAUGACUACUGAGUGCUCUGAUCAAACCUUCRUCCACUCAGGGAUCAGCUUUUCCGUGUCUGGGAACACGCUGGACAUCAGUGAGGGCAAAAAAAAAAGAGUUCAGCUUUGCUUCAGUGGUUGGGAUGCAGGGGAAAUACUGCUAGAAGGUACCAGCAACAAACAAAAAUGAUUGUAGGAAAAGGAGUGGGUCCUGCGUGUGCUGAAAAAUUAUUCUAGAAAAAGGAUUGGGUUCUGUUUGUGGUGAAAAAUUAUUCUAGAAAAAGGAUUGGGUUCUGUUUGUGGUGAAAAAUUAUUCUAGAAAAAGGAUUGGGUUCUGUUUGUGCUGAAAACCAAUUCUAGAAGAAAGGUUGGGUUCUGUUUGUGCUGGAAAAUUAUUCUAGGAUUGGGUUCUGUUUGUGCUGAAAACCAGUUCUAGAAGAAGGAUUGGGUUCUGUUAGUGCUGAAAAAAUUAUUCUAGGAUUGGGUUCUGUUUGUGCUGGAGAAGGAUUCUAGAAAAAGGAAUGGGUUCUGUGUGUGCUGUGUGGCCUCAUCGUGGUGCCCAUGGCAGGGGGUUGGAAUAAGGGGAUUUUUAAGGUCCCAUCCAACCCAAACCAGGCUGGGAUUUUGAGAUUCUGGGAUUGCUGAAGGCAUUUCUGUGUUUAACUGCUGAGUUCGGGUUGUUGGAGGGAAUUUCUGUGUUUGCAGAACUCUGGGAGCUAUGGAAUGAGAAUCCUAUGGUGUUGGAGUCCCCAAGCAGAGAGUGGAAAUCCUUUUGCUCUGAGCAGUAAAUUAAAAUGUUGAUGCUGAUUUUGGAUGUUAAAUGUUCUCUGCCUGUCAAGAUGCAAGGAGUACCACGUUGGUUUUCAUGCAACUUCGGGAUCACUUCACUCUGGACACCUUGAACUCAUAUCCAUUGUUUAUUUAGCAGAAGUACAUGAGCAGGAGGCUGCUCUGGUGUGGCCCUGCCUUGGGAGGGUGCAUACAGUGAUUGGAGAAGUGUCUAGAAAUCAGAUACUGAUGGUACAAAGUGGAUGGCUGGCAAAAGAAUCACCUUUGGGAAAAGGGCUGAUGUGGGCAGCAGAGGCUGAUGGAGAAGUGAGCAGGUUCUUGGUCUCCUCCCACGCUGUAAUUCUUGCUCCUAGAACACUGAUUUCAAAUGGUGCUAGAUACAAAGUGGGAAAAUCUAAGCCACCAUGUGAAACCAGCUUCCAGAGGAAGACACAUCUUGUGCAAGGCUGCAGGCUGAGGGAGAAAAUCCUUCAUCUCCUCCGUACCUAGAGAAAAAUUCAUUUAUUUAAUUUCAGACAGCAAGACAGUUAACUUUUGGCUUAGCUACUUUGUGGAUACUUUUUUUGGGCAUUUUUUUCAUGGUUGGGGCUGUAUAGGAACAAUUAGGUGUGUGCUGAGGAAAGCCCCCAGCCUGUUUUUUCCUUUUCUAGGCAGGUGGAAUGCACUCAGGUUCUUCCCUGCAAGAGGUGAUCGAGGUUUUAUUUCCUGGUCAUGCAGAGCACAAUGCUGAUGGGGUGAUUGGGGGAAGUUUGUGUUGUACAGGAACACUUUUUCCAUUUUGCUGCAGAUGAAACCAGRCUAUAAACCUCAUUCUGUCCAAGACAGAGAGUGUUCUGGCUUUCUGUCACUCACUGAUCAGAGAGUACAGGACAGAUCAGGUGCUUUUUGUGGCAGGGAAAGGAAAUGUGACUGUCCUGGUGGAGCUUCCUCUGUCUGCAGUCCCUGUGCUUUGAAUAAGCAAGGACUCUCAGAUUUUUGUGUGAGACAACUUCUAAAUUCUGCAGGCAGAAUGAAAAUAAAUUGGGUUGAAAGUACUCAAGAGUGCGGGUCAGAACAAAAAGGGAGCGUUCACAAAUUGAACUGUAAAUGGUUCAGUGGAAGUUGUCGAGGAAGGASAGUGUGAAAAUGAGUGGCUGAUGGUUCCUGGAACUGCAGUGCACUUAACCUGCAGUGCCCAAGGCUCAGAGCACGGGGAAUCCAGGGGUGUUGGGAAGCUCUGAACUGCUCCACACAUGCAUAAUUCAGCAGCCAUCAACCCUUGGAUGAGUGUCUGACCUGUGCUGCCACAGAGGCCGAUGUGAAAUGGAGUAAAGCACAACUGGAGCCGGCAAUUUCACUUAUUGAUGCCCCGGGUUUUUGGCAACUCCGUGUGUUGGUGUUGUAACCACAUCCAAAAAUCCUAAUGCAYGCUCCCAGACAGCAGAGGAAGAGCUCAGAGUGAAGAGCAUGUCCUUCCAAGAAAGAGGGGUGGAGGAAGGGGAAAUAACUGGACUAGAUUACUGGGUCUGGAUAUUUGCUGUCAUUUCUAAAUCCAUUAUCUGGGGCAACAGGGUGAAAGACAAGUGGAAAGCAGGUUCCCUCCCCAGUGCCUGUCGUGCUGGCACAGUUAUUUAUGAGGCACCCUCUAUUAUCAGGUGAGAUUUACUCCUGAAAAGCUGGCCCAGGAGGUGCUCUGAGGAGAGGCAGGUGCAGCACAGAUCACAGAAUCCCAGCAGCACCCUUGAGAAACAGGAUCACAGUGAGCUUUGCUUUGGUUUUUUCUUGCCUCAGUA